AUGGAAUCGAUCUCAUUUCAUGGCAACAACGACAGAAUACAGGUUGGGAUUAACCACGGUUCGAUCAACAAUUCUGUCUCUCCGGGUUAUGACUGGCAACGUUUUCUCUCCAGAACAAAUCCAGUUGAAGAUAAGAAAGCAUUGAAACGCAAGAAAGGAGGCCCCGCUCCGGGAACCUGUGAGUGGGUACUUCGUACGGAAGAGAUUACUGCCUGGCUUGGUUCCGAACCAACGGUGGGUCCUGAGAGCCAACCGACCCAGGUCCUAUGGCUCCAUGGUAACCCUGGAACUGGAAAAUCGAUUAUGGCCGUAUACCUAGCAGAGGAGUUGGCGGCAACUUUCUCAAACACAGAUGGGGGAACGCUAGCCUACUUUUUUUGUGAUUCAGGCUUUGACACGCGGAACACCGCAAUCUCAGUUAUCAAGGGGCUUCUCUACCAGCUCGUGGAGCAGCAUGCAAAGCUUCUUGACUACCUCUUACCAAAAUACCACGCGCGCGGGGCAGAACUAUUCGCAUCGUUCGACGCUCUCUGGGAGAUUUUCAUAACCAUGAUGGCAGAUGAGAAUACGGGGCGGAAAUAUUGCAUCAUUGACGCGCUGGAUGAAUGCGAUCGAGAAUCUCAAGACACACUACUGCAACAGCUUGAGGAAACCUUUAGGAGCCCGAACGUGUCACCAAACGUUCGUAUAUUGGUCACUAGUAGGCCAUAUCCCGAGAUACGUGAAAGCUUGCAAAUUUUCCCGAAUAAGGAUUUGGCUUCCUUUCCCCAGAGGCAGAAAGAUGUGAAUAUUUUCAUCGAAGAGAAAGUCAAUUUCUUGGCCAAAAGAAAGAAGUAUACCGAUAAGGUCAAAGGACAAAUCCGCGAAAUUCUUCAAGACAAGGCCGACGGCACUUUCCUCUGGAUUGGCUUAGCUUGUGGUGAGCUUAAGGAUAUUCCUUCGAGCAGCGUCGUCCGUACUUUACAAAGAAUACCUAAGGGACUCACUUCGCUCUAUACGAAGCUUCUCGAGGCGGCAUUGAAGGAUAGUGAGUCCACUGGCAACGAUUUCCGACACCUUCUGAGCUGCGUAGUUGUCAGUUCGCGACCGCUAACUGUGUUGGAGCUCGCUGAAGCAUGCCAACUAUACCAGGAGGAAGAAGACUUGGAGACAAGACUUCAAUUCACCCACGAGUAUAUUGAGUCAUGCCGGUUAAUGGUCAUCAUUCAGGACGAAAAGGUACUUCUGUUACACAAAUCGAUAAAGGACUUCCUAGUUGGGACGGGCUCGAGUAAUUUUAUCCAGGAGCUCGAGGCCCAUGCCCGCCUUGCCUAUCGCUGUGUUGAUCUCCUUAUUGCGCAGUCCCGCGACGCAAAUCAAUCGAGGUCCGGCUUCUCGGUUUAUGCAACAUAUGGAUGGGCUAAUCAUGCGCGUAUGGCCGAGUCGAGUUUCACAGUCCAAUGCUCGCAGGCGGAGUUCUUUGAAGUCGACUCCCCCUGCCGCGAAUGGUGGCUACGGCGAGUCAGGGCAGAAUAUGGUUUUGAGACAUUGCCAACGAGAUUCUCUAUAUUUCAUGUCGCUGCAGAGUGGGGUAUUUGCGCUUUAGUGGAUCAUGCCGCCGAGUUGGGAGCACAAAAAUCUGACAGGGAGUGCUUUCGUGUGGAUGUAAAUUGCGUGAACCAUUCAGGAAAAACCCCUCUAGAACACGCCGCUGGUUCAAGAUGGCCGAAUAUUGUUAAUGCCCUCUUAAAGCGAGGAGGGAUGGUCACUACAGAGGUGGUCAAAGCUGCGGCUGGAAACUGGUUUUAUGGCGAAGCAGUGAUGGCACUCCUUCUCGAUCGGUGCGGAGACCAGAUCACUAUCACCGAUGAGGUAGUAAAAGCUGCGGCUGGAAACGAGGAGAAUGGCAAAACAGUGAUGGCACUCCUUCUCGACCGGUGCGGAGACCAGAUCACUAUCACCGAUGAGGUGGUAAAAGCUGCGGCUGGAAACGGGGGGAAUGGCGAAGCAGUGGUGGCACUUCUUCUCGACCGCUGCGGAGACCAGAUCACUAUCACUGAUGAGGUGGUAAAAGCUGCGGCUGGAAACUGGUUUUAUGGCGAAGCAGUGAUGGCACUCCUUCUCGAUCGGUGCAGAGACCUGAUCACCAUUUCCGAUGAGGUAGUAUCUACUAUUGCUGGAGCCUUUAACGACAAGAUAAUGACGCAACUCCUUGACCGGCGCGGAGACCAGAUCACUAUCACCGAUGAGGUAGUAUCUACUAUUGCUGGAGCCUUUAACGACAAGAUAAUGACGCAACUCCUUGACCGGCGCGGAGACCAGAUCACUAUCACCGAUGAGGUAGUAAAAGCUGCGGCUGGAAACGAGGGGGAAUGGCGGAGCAGUGAUGGCACUCCUCCUUGA